CCAUCCUGGUUGAAAUUUUAGGUUUAUUUUUUUUUUUAUGAGAAGAAAAAAAUGUGCACACAAUCAGCCAGCUGAAUAGCUCAGUAAUUCACUGUUGAGGAAAUGUGUGAAGGCCUUUCCCUAAGGAUGAGGUAAUCGAAUGCGGUUUCUGAACUGCAGAACUGAUGCAAACCCGGACACAAGCCUCAAUGCACAGCCAGACCCCCCAUCUCUCCUUCCUUGUCACUAUAUUCUUAGCAGGGUAAAUAAAUAUAUAUAUCCUGCCCUGCACCCUAACGAAGUAGGGUUUCCUCUGCCCUUCAAACAGAUGGCCAGUCUGUUUCUGAAUGUGAACCCUCCUAAUCCAGGUGUACCUUUGCUCAGCACAGGACAACAUAGCUACUGGAGAGAGAGAGAAAAGGAAUUUGCUUAAGGCUUUGGACACACAUUUAUAAUGCCAGUGUGUGUUUUAUUUUUAAAAAUAGACCCACCCCUGUCCCUCAAAGCUAAGUUAAAGCAUCUGUAUUUUAAGUCCUCACUAUUCCCAUUAGCCACUCCACUUCAGCACCUGACAUCCAGAGCCUGCCAAACAGGAAGAAAGGCUAGUAAUCUGAUAUCCAUAUAUAAAUAAAAAAGACAAGUUCUAGAUUGAGCUUGGAAGGAUGGUGCUGGUUUGGUCUUGUGAUAAAAUGGACUGAUAAAUAUAGUAAUUUGGUAUAAGAAAUAAGAUGGCUUCUUGCCCCUUUUGGAAGAAAUUCAGUUUUCUGUCAACCAAAAGCAGCAAACAAAAUAAACUAAAGAUAAUAUAUUAUGGCAAAAGCUUUUGCUGCUUGGCUUUUAUAGCUGCCAUUCGAGUGGGAGUAGAUUGAACUUAGUGGAAUUGGCUGUUGUGUUUUAUUUACUCGCCGGGUUACAAGCCAUCUUAUACAGUGCUACAGGGGUGAGGAACGGGGAGGAGCCUGAGGCAGUCUGUCCGACUGCACCCCUCUGAUCUGUCGUUCCGAGCUCCGCGCGCCUGCACAGGGACCAGUGGAGUGUACGCGCGGAGUAGCUGUCUGUUUGAGGACCCAGGCGUGCAGCCGAGGCGCUGAGUUGGGAUUGGCUGAGCCUGCCAACUCAAGCCAAUCCUGUACUUUUCUCUGGUUUCAAUGCCCUGCAUUUACAAAAAUAAAGCAUUUUAAAUAAAAGAACAUUGACAUGUGCUGGCCUUUUACAUUUCUGUUAACUGCCCCCCCCCCCCUCUUAAAUUUAUGGCCUGAAGCUGUCAAUAGUUUUCAUAGAAUCUUUAAAUUACAAAAGGAAGAACUAGAUUUCCAUCCUGGGGUGGGGGGGAUGUGGAUGGGACUUUGUGGUGUGGGAGAGUGUCAGUGCUUUUCAUAUAAAGCUAACCAAAAAAAGGGCUGACUUUCUAUUGGUAUUUGUAAAAAGGUCCCCUUAUUGAAUGUGAUGAGUUUGUGCCCAUUGUCAUUUAGCCAAGCAGACAGCUAACAUCAUUUUGCACUUCACUGCACGCUUCAGAGCGACUGGGAUAGUGAGAGUGCGCACGCAGCAAGCACUGACCUCUUUAUUUCAGAGCUGUGGAGGCAUCUAGAUUCAGUUUUACAUAUUCAGAUUUCUAUCCGUUGGCCAGGAUUCAAGGAAACAGGACAGAAAAGAAUGCAGGUGUUACGCACAAGUUCAAAACAUAGUUUAUUGAUUGAUUAUUCUUAAUAAUUACAUGUGGUCAGUUCAUUUGGGAAGAUUAAGCCAGCCAACCCCCUCCUUUUGUAUAAGUGAAAUUAAAUGUUUGUUUAAAAUUGACAAUGAGAGCCUUUCUUCCUACCCUUUCCGAGUACAUUCCCACCCCACCAUUUUCUUUUGAAAAAGUCAAAUCCAUUUCUUACUGCAUGAAUGGAAACCUAAAAGAUGGAAACUUCUAGAGAAACAAAAAAUAGUAACUUGGAUUUUUUUUCUGUGUAUUUCGAAAGAAAGAUACUGUACUAUUUGCAGACUCUUACUAACGCUCUUGUUUUCUUAUUUUGUCUCUCUUGGUUUUUUCACAACUGAUAUUGUUAUUUAGAAGGUUUCAGGUGGGUGAAACUAUUCCAGCGUAGGUGCCUCGCUGAAAGGAACUAGGGCAGCAUCACUCCUCACCUCCUCUUCCAGCUCCGGCCGCCCCCGACAAAGUCGAAAAAUAUGGCCUGCUACCUGAAAGCCAUUGAGACUCAGCCAAACUUUGCUGUGGCUUGGAGUAACCUGGGCUGUGUCUUUAACGCCCAGGGGGAGAUCUGGUUGGCCAUUCACCACUUUGAAAAGGCUGUAACUUUAGAUCCUAAUUUCUUGGAUGCCUAUAUUAACUUGGGCAACGUGCUGAAAGAAGCCCGCAUUUUUGACAGAGCUGUUGCUGGUUAUUUGCGAGCUCUCAGUCUGAGCCCAAACCAUGCUGUAGUGCAUGGGAACCUGGCGUGUGUUUAUUAUGAGCAGGGCUUGAUUGACCUAGCCAUUGAUACAUACCGCCGUGCCAUCGAGCUGCAGCCACACUUCCCUGAUGCCUAUUGUAACCUGGCCAACGCCCUCAAGGAGAAGGGCAAUGUAAGAAACUACACGGUUGCUGAAGCAGAGGAGUGUUACAACACAGCUCUACGACUGUGUCCCACCCAUGCUGACUCCCUCAAUAACCUGGCUAACAUCAAGAGGGAGCAGGGCAACAUAGAGGAGGCAGUGCGGCUCUAUAGGAAAGCCUUAGAGGUGUUCCCAGAGUUUGCAGCAGCGCAUUCAAACUUGGCCAGUGUAUUGCAGCAGCAGGGCAAGCUACAGGAGGCACUAAUGCAUUACAAGGAGGCCAUCAGAAUAAGCCCUACCUUUGCUGAUGCCUAUUCCAACAUGGGCAACACCUUGAAAGAGAUGCAAGACAUUCAGGGAGCUUUGCAGUGUUACACACGUGCCAUCCAGAUAAACCCUGCCUUUGCAGAUGCACACAGCAAUCUUGCCUCCAUUCAUAAGGACUCUGGAAAUAUCCCUGAAGCCAUUGCUUCUUAUCGGACAGCGCUGAAACUGAAACCUGAUUUCCCAGAUGCUUACUGUAAUCUAGCACACUGCCUGCAGAUUGUCUGUGACUGGACUGAUUAUGAUGAGCGAAUGAAAAAGCUGGUGAGCAUUGUGGCGGAUCAGCUUGACAAGAAUCGUCUUCCCUCAGUGCAUCCUCAUCACAGUAUGCUGUACCCGUUGUCUCAUGCCUUCCGCAAGGCCAUCGCAGAGCGGCAUGGGAACCUGUGCUUGGACAAGAUAAAUGUUCUUCACAAGCCACCUUAUGAGCACCCGAAGGAUUUGAAGGCCAGCAACGGCCGUCUUCGUAUUGGUUAUAUCAGCUCUGAUUUCGGUAACCAUCCAACCUCCCAUCUCAUGCAGUCCAUCCCUGGCAUGCACAAUUCAGAGAAAUUUGAGGUGUUCUGUUAUGCGCUCAGUCCUGAUGAUGGAACUAAUUUCCGUGUGAAAGUGAUGGCUGAGUCGCACCAUUUCACAGACCUGUCCCAGAUACCUUGUAACGGAAAGGCAGCAGACAGAAUUCACCAGGACGGGAUUCACAUUCUCAUCAACAUGAACGGAUACACUAAGGGGGCGCGCAAUGAGCUGUUUGCUCUACGUGCUGCACCAUUACAGGCGAUGUGGCUGGGAUACCCUGGAACAAGUGGUGCGCCCUUCAUGGAUUACAUCAUCACUGAUAAAGAGACGUCUCCACUAGAGGUGGCAGAACAGUAUUCGGAGAAACUGGCUUACAUGCCCAACUCUUUCUUCAUUGGGGACCAUGCCAACAUGUUCCCACACCUCAAGAAAAAGGCAGUGAUUGAUUUCAAGUCCAACGGACAAAUUUUUGACAAUCGCAUUGUUCUAAACGGGAUUGAUCUGAAGGCCUUCCUGGACAGCUUACCAGAUGUGAAGGUGAUCAAGUUGAAGUGCCCUGAUGGCCAGGAAAGUGACAGCAACUCUGCCCUCUCAAUGCCAGUCAUCCCCAUGAACACUGCUGCUGAGGCCAUCAUUAACAUGAUCAACCAAGGCCAGAUCCAGGUCACCAUUAAUGGCUUCACUGUAAGCAAUGGGCUGGCCACAACGCAGAUUAAUAACAAGGCAGCAACUGGUGAGGAGGUCCCUCGCACCGUCAUUGUGACAACACGUUCACAGUACGGGUUGCCUGAGGAUGCAAUUGUGUACUGCAACUUUAACCAGCUGUACAAGAUUGAUCCCCAGACUUUGCAGAUGUGGGCGAAUAUCUUGAAGCGUGUGCCAAACAGUGUGCUGUGGCUGCUGCGAUUCCCUGCAGUGGGGGAGCCCAACAUUCAGCAGUAUGCCCAGAACAUGGGACUGCCAGCCAACCGCAUCAUCUUCUCCCCUGUUGCACCAAAGGAGGAGCAUGUGCGCAGGGGUCAGCUGGCAGAUGUUUGUCUGGACACCCCACUUUGCAACGGGCACACCACAGGCAUGGAUGUGCUGUGGGCAGGAACACCAAUGGUCACCAUGCCAGUUCUGGUAGGACAAGUUUGGAAACAGUCAGUCAUCAGCUGCGGAAAGAUGUUUCUCCCAGGAGAGACUCUGGCAUCCCGAGUCGCUGCAUCCCAACUCACUUGCCUUGGCUGCACGGAGCUCAUUGCUCAAAACCGCCAAGAAUACGAGGAUGUGGCAGUCAAACUUGGAACAGAUAUGGAGUACUUGAAGAAGAUCCGAGCCAAAGUGUGGAAGCAGCGUAUCUGCAGUCCACUUUUUAACACCAAGCAGUACACCAUGGACCUGGAGAAGCUCUAUCUACAGAUGUGGGAGCACCACAGCGCUGGAAAUAAACCUGAACAUCUUCUCAAACCCAAAGCACUGGAGACCACAGAGACCGCCUGAGCAGGGACUCUGCAACAGGAGUUUCCCAGCAUGUCCUUGCAUCCUCCCUUGCCUUUUUUUUUUUAGUUUGUGUUUUACUGCGUAUACAGACACU